UUCACCUCACGCCAGCCACACUCACCGGCCGAGUAGCAGCUCCUCACUUGUCGUUCUUUCUAUUUUUCUUUCUCCCUAUUUCCCUUCCCUUCUAUUCCUCUAUUUAUAACUCUUAUCGCAAUUUUAGGAACCAUUUCUCUCUCUCUCCAGACUCAUCUUUUCUUCAAUGGCAGAUCUCAAGUCCACAUUCUUGAAUGUCUACUCUGUUCUCAAAUCUGAGCUUCUCAACGACGCUGCUUUCGAGUGGUCUGAUGAUUCUCGUCAAUGGGUUGAUAGGAUGCUGGACUACAAUGUGCCUGGAGGGAAGCUGAACAGAGGACUGUCAGUUAUUGACAGCUACAGAUUGUUAAAAGAAGGACAUGCAUUAAAUGAUGACGAAAUUUUCCUUGCUAGUGCUCUUGGUUGGUGUAUUGAAUGGCUUCAGGCAUAUUUUCUUGUUCUUGACGACAUUAUGGAUAACUCCCAUACACGUCGCGGUCAGCCAUGUUGGUUUAGAGUACCCAAGGUUGGAAUGAUUGCAGCAAAUGAUGGAGUUCUACUAAGAAACCAUAUUCCGCGUAUCCUUAGGAAACACUUCAAGGGAAAGCCUUAUUAUGUCGAUCUUCUUGAUUUGUUCAACGAGGUUGAGUUUCAAACUGCUGCCGGACAGAUGAUAGAUUUGAUCACCACACUGGAAGGAGAAAAAGAUCUGUCCAAAUACACAUUAUCACUGCACCGACGUAUUGUUCAAUACAAGACUGCCUAUUAUUCAUUUUAUCUUCCUGUUGCAUGUGCAUUGCUCAUGGCGGGUGAGAAUCUGGAUAACCAUGUUGAUGUAAAGAACAUUCUUGUUGAGAUGGGCACAUAUUUUCAAGUUCAGGAUGAUUAUUUGGAUUGCUAUGGUGAUCCUGAAACAAUUGGAAAGAUAGGCACAGAUAUUGAAGACUUUAAGUGCUCUUGGUUAGUUGUAAAAGCAUUGGAACUUUCCAAUGAAGAACAAAAGAAAGUUUUACAUGAGAACUAUGGGAAGACAGAUCCAGCAAAUGUUGCUAAAGUGAAGAUCCUUUAUAACGAGCUUAAUCUCGAGGGUGUAUUCACGGAGUAUGAAAGUACGAGCUACGAGAAGCUUGUAACCAACAUUGAAGCUCAUUCCAGCAAAGCAGUUCAAGCUGUAUUGAAGUCAUUUUUGGCUAAAAUUUACAAGAGGCAGAAGUAGAAUCACUGUAAGGCAAAGGUCAAGAUUGUUGAAGAUGCAAUAGAAGCUAGCUAGAGUGAAAUUUUCUGUGUGGAGCUGUAGUUUUAAAAAAAUCAAAUUUGUUACUGUCUUUUUGUAGGGAGUGAUUAAUCUUUGUUGUACUUUAUGUUGUAAACUGCCUUGUGAUACUGGUUUUUAUCAUCAAUAAGCUUUUUCCUUCUGAA